UUGAUUGCUGGUCAAGCUCAGGACCUUAAACGACAGGAAUUCCUUGAAGGUGGUGACAACUCAGGAUAUACCACCAUAUUUAAAAUAUCCCGAGAGACGCAGGAAUUCCUUGAAGGUGGUGACAACUCAGGAUAUACCACCAUAUUCAAAAUAUCUCGAGUCUCUAGCUCUAAGA